AUGGUUGAGGCGCCUGAUGGCCGCCGCGUUCAUGUCCGAGGUCUUCUUGACCAAGUGUCAGAAGCUACGUUUUUGUCCGAAUUAAUUGCUCAAUUAUUACGUCUUCCACGCAAAAAUACGAAUGUUACAGUGUCCGGUUUGGGAGGAAGUUCUGAAUUUACCCUUUUAGAAAUUCCUGAAAAUCUUCAAAGUCUCGAACUUGCCGAUCUAAAUCCAUGGGAAAGUGACCGGAUCGAUUUGCUGAUUGGAGCCGAUCUGUACGCUCAAUUGCUCAAACCUGAGAUUAGUCCUGGACCACGUGGAGAUCUCGUUGCUCAGUCAACUAUAUUUGGUUGGAUCUUAUCAGGACCACUACAAGGAUCUCCUCUUCAAAGUUAUCACAUUAAUGUCCACUUUUCCAUGGAAACCCGAGUUGACGAAAGCUUGCGUCAAUUUUGGGAAUUGAAAGAGAUACCAGCAGUGAAUUUAAUGACAAAAAAAGAAAUUGAAUGUGAGCAUCAUUUUAUGGAGACACAUUUUAGAGACUUAAAUGGAAAAUAUGUAGUUCAAUUACCUUUUGAUGAUUCCCCCUCGAAAUUAGGUGACUCUUAUAACAUAGCUCUCAAUUCGUUGUGUAGUAUAAAAAAAAGAUUUACUCGUGAUCCUCUGCUUGCUGAAAAUUAUCGUGAUUUUCUAGGAAAGUAUCAAGAGAUGGGACACAUGACUCCAGUUGACGUUGACCAGACUGAUUCAUCUCGUGUCUUUAUUCCGCACCACCCUGUCGUUCGCGAAAGUAGCCAAACAACGAAAGUUAGAGUCGUCUUUAAUGCUUCGAGUCCAACGUCCAACAAAACCUCGAUUAAUGACAUUUUACACAUCGGUCCAAAAUUACAAACAGAUAUUUGCUCCAUCAUUUUAUGA